AUGGAAAGAGACGCUGACCCAUGCAGAACAGUUUCGGCAGAAAAUGUUGUAAACAUGGACGAACUACUAACGGUUGAACAGAAUAAAUUGUCAGCAGCUGUCAGCAGAAACAUCAAGACAGAUUCAAUAAAGGAACAAGAUGAAGGCGAAGUAGAAGAAGAAAUAAAUCUUGAAACCUAUUCUCUGUUGUGGUGUGAUGAAAACGUUAAUAAAACAGAUGAAAAUCGUGAAAUACAAACAGAAUUACGUCGUGCAAUUAACUAUCUGAAAGCAUUUGAUUCAAUUGAUCUGUGCAAACAUUAUAUUCAGCGUAAGUCAAAUGAAGAAAUUAUUUUGAUUGUAUCGGGACGUACUGGAUCACAAUUGAUAAAGUUCGUUACUAAUAGUUCAGUCGAGUUGAUCGAGCAAAUUACGAACGGUCAGUUGAAACUCAACAAGAUUAUAAGACAAGAUUUAAAACUGGCUGUAUUUAAUCCAGCAACGUUAAUCAGAAGGACACCAUUAACAACGACCACACUAGUAUCCUCAAAAGAAUAUUCACAUCAAAAUCUCGACAGUAAUUUUAUGUGGUUUCAGUUAAUGGUUGAAGUUUUUUUGAGAAUGAACGAUGAAACAAGGAAGAAUGGUUUAAACGAACUGAUUGCAAACUGUAAAAAACAGUUUAGUGGUAAUCAUAAUGAUUUAGCAAUUAUUGAAGGAUUAGAAGAAUGCUAUCAUCCGCAAGCUGCUCUCUAUUUGUAUACGAGCGAUUCAUUCUUGUACAAAAUGUUAAAUCGUGCCCUACGAUGUCAAGAUGUGAGCACAUUAGUCACAUUAUGUUUUUUUAUUCGUGAUAUACAUGAUCAAUUGAAAUUUGAACAAAAACUUUUUCCAAGCGAUACAACGGUACAUGUCUUUAGAGGACAACUAAUGUCACUGAAGGAGCUUGAAAAGUUGAAAAUGAAUGUUGGACAUUAUGUGUCGAUGAGCAGUUUCUUUCAACGACAAAAAAUCGACAAAUGGCUUUAG